AGGGCGUGGCGGUCUAUGUCCCUGUUUGUCAGCGCUCGUGCUGGCGCGGCGAAUCCCACUUCCGCAUCAUUGCAAACAACUUGUGCACUCGGCUGGGACUUUCAGCAGCGCGCCCAACCCCGUCCGCAGCUCGCUAUCCCGCCUCGGCGAGUCUGUGCUGAGGGCUGCAAAGUUCCAGAGGAAGGAAGCCAGGGCUCUCGCGCUUUCCCUGCAAUUUUUACACAGCAAUGUCCAAGCCGCCACCUAAACCAGCCAAGCCAGCCAGACGAGCUGUACUUUGAAGAAGGGGACAUAAUUUACAUUUCUGAUAUGAGUGACACAAAUUGGUGGAAGGGAACCUGUAAAGGCAGAACUGGACUGAUCCCCAGUAACUAUGUGGCUGAACAGGCAGAAUCUAUUGACAACCCACUACAUGAAGCGGCCAAAAGAGGAAACCUGAGCUGGCUGAGGGAGUGUUUGGAUAACAGAGUUGGUGUCAAUGGAUUAGACAAAGCUGGAAGCACGGCCUUGUACUGGGCAUGCCAUGGGGGACACAAAGAUAUAGUAGAAGUGCUACUGACACAACCAAACAUAGAACUAAACCAACAGAAUAAACUGGGAGAUACAGCUUUGCAUGCUGCUGCAUGGAAAGGCUAUGUAGAUAUCGUAGAAAUGCUGCUAGCAAAAGAAGCCAGAACAGAUUUAAGAAAUAAUGAGAAAAAAUUGGCUUUCGACAUGGCUACUAAUGCUGCAUGUGCUUCCCUGCUUAAAAAGAAAAAAGGACAAGACAUCAUGCGAACAUUAAGUAAUGCAGAAGAAUACCUUGAUGAUGAAGACUCUGACUGAACUGCCUUAAUCCAUGUUAAAAUCUACUAUCUGCAGCUUUCCUCACCUCCACCUUCUCUAAAAUCCUUUCCCUCUGUAACAACAAAAAUGUACUUUUCACAUAUACAAUAAUGAAUUGUUACAGUCAUUGUAAAUAUGAUAAAAGAACUCUUCCACAGCUGACCCCUUAUUGGGGGUCAUGAAUUAUCUAAUUUCAAACUAUUUUUCUUAGUGUGAAUAUAUGUAAGAUGGGUUUCCCUACCAGUUCUCUAAGCUUACUGGAAAUGGAGUUUGAAAGCAGUGAUGUUCCAAAUACCGUAUAUACCGGCGUAUAAGACGACUGGGAGUAUAAGACGACCCCCCCCCCUUUUCCAGUUAAAAUUUCCAGAGUUUGGGAUAUAUUCGCCAUAUAAGAGUACCCGGCGUAUAAGACGACCCCAGACUUUACAGAUGAUUUCCCAGGGUUCAAAAGUAGUCUUAUACGCCAGUAUAUACAGUAUUUGGGGUGUACAGAAACAAUCCUAUUUGCAGAGCAAGUUGUUAUGUUAAAAUAUAUCUGGAAUAAUUAGUAUUAUUUUACAGAAAAGAAUCUCUCAGUAAAAGAUGUGCUUUUAGACAUCCUUAAGACUCCAGGGGGCGUGUGUGUGUGUGUGUGAUGUAAUUAAGCAGAUGUAAGCAGAUUCUGCAUGGGGAACCACAAUGGGAAAGGGCAGACAAUAACUACUACUAUUGGUAGAGUCUCCCUUGCCCUGUAGGAGAAUAUAUGGAGGGUUAGAACGAGCCUCCAAGAACACGAGUAGUACAUGUAAAUUUCCUACUGCUCCCUGGGAAUAUCCAUGGUGGAGAAAUAGCAUACCAGAAUAGCCUUGAUCAGGGAUGCAGAAUUAGUAAUGUUGAUUGAAAGAAGUGAGCACAGUUUGCUUCACUGGACAGCACAAAACGCUGCAAAUCCUGCUCUCUCCCCCCCCCCCCCCCUCUUGGUUGUUCUGAGGAAGUAGUGAGGCCAAGCCCUUACUUCCUCUCAAUACCUACUGCAUGGGCACAUAAAAUAGACACAGGGAUGGCAGCAUCUUCAGUGAACAGCCUCUGUGCCCAAGUCCCUCCCUUUACCAUUGUCACAUUGUCACAUUGAAGAUGAAGGUAUGCCGAUCUCUACCUUUCCCUCUGGAAUUCUCAUUGUUCAUGACCCUUACAAAUUUUAUUGGGUCUACUCUAUUUGUGUAUGUGUGCGUGUGUGUGUAUAUAUAUAUCUAUAUGUAUAAAUUUUAAAUGAUGAUAUUAGGAAUGGUUAAUGGAUCCUUUACCUUCCUACCUUAUGGUUCAGUCCUAAAAACCUUACACAGGAAGCAUUUUUAAGGUAGUCCUUAAUUUAGUGGGUGCCUUAGUGGGUGCAAACACAGCUUUGUCAGGUAACUGAAUGGAUGUUGUAUAAGCAUCUAGCUCUCAGCUAUUGAAAUAAUUUUAACAAAAAAACAACAAACCAAAAGUAUCUACAGAAAAGGAUCCGGUUCCAAAUAAAUAUUUUAAAGUUCUUUGAAACAUUUUGUUGCAUUUGCUUCCAAGAACAUAAGAAUUGCUGGAGUUGAAGUGAAUAGCAUCAAGGUUUGGCAAAUGACAGCUGCAGUCUAAAACAGGCUAGUGAAGAUGUAUCCAUGCUGAAAAUGAGUUAUAUUGAUUUUUUAAAAUGUGUUUGAUAUGUUUUACAUUACAGGUUUGAUGUGAACAUUA